AUGAAACUGGAAAAAAUUCGCUUCGAUCCGAAGUACUGCCAUCCAAAAGUACUUCUCGACUUCGUUCCUAUACUGAAAUGGUUGCCACAGUACAAUGUCAAAAAUAAUCUUGUCAGAGAUAUCAUCGGUGGACUUACUGUCGGCAUUAUGCAUGUUCCACAAGGAAUGGCAUAUGCCUCGUUGGCCGGAGUCCGACCUGUCAACGGCCUUUAUACCUCUCUAUUUCCGGCAUUUUUCUAUAUGCUUUUCGGUACAUCAAGGCAUGUUUCAUUAGGUGUUUUCGCUGUAGUCAGUUUGAUGACUGGUAGUUGUAACCAACGAGUAUCGGGUAUCCUUGAACAAAAGGCUAUUAACAAUAAUGGAAGCCUUCUCGAGGGUUUGAGUGAAGAGGCGAAAAUGCAAACAUCCGUCGCUAUCGUCACUUCCCUGGCAAUGUGUGUUGGCUUUAUACAGGUAGCUAUGGCAAUUCUGCGAUUGGAUUUUCUCACAGCAUUUCUUUCCGAUCAAAUUAUAGGUGGGUUCACCACGGGAGCAGCUGUGCAUGUAUUUACGGCUCAACUCAAUAAAAUUCUUGGAGUACCACUUCCUCAACGUUCUGGGCCAGGAAAAUUGUUUUUUGUGAGUUUAUUAAUAGAUACUGAUCUUCUUCAAAGGCAGCUGAUCUAA